AUGCGUAUGCCAAGACCUUUCAUGGGAAAUGCCAUUCCUGGGGCGGACUUUGUUGGCCAGGUUGUUCAGACUGGGCCGUCUAUACCCUCCUGUUCCAAUGUGCGCGUGGGCAUGACUGUCUGUGGCACCAUUCCCACCAUGCAGAUCUUCUCUGGCGGUGGCACGCUGGCCGAAUAUCUCAUCCUGCCGGCGCACAUGGUUGUGGAGAAGCCACUGACCCUGGAAGACGGCGCCGCGGCUGCUCUUGUGGGGGUUCCCGGGCAGACGACCGCCAUCGUGAUGCGUGCCACCGAGUUCCGCAAGGGGGACAGGGUUCUUGUGAAGGGUGCUAGCGGGGGUGUGGGUAGCGUUCUGGUGCAGGUGCUUCGAUCAACCGGCGUUCAUGUCACUGCAAUAUGUUCUGGCAAGAAUGAGGCCAUGGUCCGGCGGCUCGGCGCUGAAGAGGUCAUCGACUACACCGCCCACAAGUCACUAUACGACCAUCUGAUUACGACAUACAAAGAUAAUCCCUUCGACACUAUCAUUGACUGCAUCGGAGACGAGACCCUCUACAAGAAAUGCCCCGGAUACCUCAAGCCAGACGGCAAAUUCCUCUCCAUCGCCGGCGGUCUGAUGACUGGCAUAAAAUUCAAAAUGCUUCCAGCUAUGCUUGGGGGUACGAAACGAACCUACUUGCACGUCAUGAACGCACCAUCUGGCACGGGUGCGAAGGAGGUUGCGGGCUGGGUUGACAAGGGGUGGAUCAAGCAGGUUACGAUCGACUCGACUUUUGACAUGGAAAAUGCCAUAGAGGCAUAUGAGAAACUAGCAUCGAAGCGCGCAGCAGGCAAAAUCCUUAUCAAGGUUGGAAACUAA